AUGGAAUUUAAUCCAUUUACGAGUGGACCAAAAUUUGUUGAUCUUCUCCAAAGUCAACAAACUAUAUUUGGUUCAUCUGAAGUUCCUGUAUAUGGAACUCCACAUUCUGUCGGUUCAGUGAGUGUUGUAGAGGGUAAAGAACGGAGGGCAUGGAUGCCUGCAGAUGACAUUUUGCUCAUCAGUGCCUGGCUCAACACGAGCAAAGACCCAGUCGUGGGUAAUGAGCAAAGAUCAGGCGCAUUUUGGAAAAGAAUUGCAGCCUACUUUGGGGCAAGCCAGAAAGCUGAAGGGUCCAAACCGAGAGAGUCGACGCACUGUAAGCAGCGGUGGCAGAAGAUCAAUGACCUCGUGUGCAAGUUAUGUGGCUCGUUUGAAGCUGCAACAAGGGAGAAGACCAGCGGACAAAAUGAAACUGAUGGAAUCUAUAGGAAGAGGAAGGUGGCCGAUGCUGGAGCUGCAACUGAAGCUGAUGAAUGCACCAGUCGUCCACCGGGUGUAAAGGCAGCUAAGGCACGUGGUAAGAAGUCAGCAGUUGAGGAGAAGGGGGUGUCAGCCUUUGAGUCAAUGUGGACCAUCAAACAGGCUGAUCUAGCCUCUAAAGAAAGGCUCUCCAAGAUGGCUCUGCUUGACAGGCUGUUUGCAAAAGAAGGACCAUUGAAUGAGCGUGAGAAAGCGCUAAAGACCAGGCUGAUAGAUGAAUUGUUGGCUGUGAGAGACUGUACUUUGGGACAGAGACUUGUGUGUGUCUGUGGUGAAGAUUGUGAGUGGAAAGGUCACGAGAGUGAGUAUGUUGCAUCACGAGAGAGGGAGAGAGAGUGA